CCGCCGGACCCGGACGGGGAGAAGAGGACCGGGACCAGGACGAGGAGGAGGAGGAAGCGGCCGCUGAGCGCCCGGGGGCUCCUCCUGCGCCCUGUGCACCGUGAGGGGCCUGCGUGCUGAGCGUUCUGCAGAGUGUCCUGUGCAUCCUGAGGCUCCUGCGUGCUGAGCGUUCUGCUCAGUGUCCUGUGCAUCCUGAGGGUCCUGCUGAGUAUCCUGCACACCCUGUGCACCCUGAGGGACCUGCGUGCUGAGCGUUCUGCAGAGUGUCCUGUGCAUCCUGAGGCUCCUGCGUGCUGAGCGUCCUGCUCAGUGUCCUGUGCAUCCUGAGGGUCCUGCUGAGUAUCCUGCACACCCUGUGCACCCUGAGGGACCUGCGUGCUGAGCGUUCUGCAGAGUGUCCUGUGCAUCCUGAGGCUCCUGCGUGCUGAGCGUCCUGCUCAGUGUCCUGUGCAUCCUGAGGGUCCUGCUGAGUAUCCUGCACACCCUGUGCACCCUGAGGGACCUGCGUGCUGAGCGUUCUGCAGAGUGUCCUGUGCAUCCUGAGGCUCCUGCGUGCUGAGCGUUCUGCUCAGUGUCCUGUGCACCCUGAGGGUCCUGCGUGCUGAGCGUUCUGCUCAGUGUCCUGUGCACCCUGAGGGUCCUGCGUGCUGAGCGUUCUGCUCAGUGUCCUGUGCACCGUAAGAGGCCUGCGUGCUGAGCGUUCUGCUCAGUGUCCUGUGCACCCUGAGGGACCUGCGUGCUGAGCGUUCUGCCCAGCGUCUUGUGCAUCCUGAGGGUCCUGCGUGCUGAGCGUUCUGCUCAGUGUCCUGUGCACCCUGAGGGACCUGCGUGCUGAGUGUCCUGCUGAGUGUCCUGCUGCGCCCUGUGCCCUGAGUGUCCCGUGCCCCCUGUGCGCUGAGUGUUGUGUGUGUGCCCAGUGCCCUGUGUGCUGAGUGUUGUGUGCCCCGAGUGGCCUGCGCCCCCUGUGUGCUCAGCGCCCAGUGCGCCUCGAGUGCCCCGCGUGUCCUGUGCACCCCGUGUGCCCAUUGCCCUGUGCGCGCAGAGUGCCCUGCGUGCCCCGUGCCCUGAGUGUCCUGUGGGCCCUUUAUGCUCAGUGCCCCGUGCACCCUGUGUGCUGAGUGUCCUGUGUAUCCCGAGUGCCCUGUCCCCCCCCGUGCCCCGAGUGUCCUGGGUGCCCCGUGCGCCCUGCGUGUCCUGGGCGCCCCGUGUGCCCUGUGAUCUGUGUGCUGUACACCCUGGGAGCCCCAGGUGCCCCUUGCCCCGAGUGUCCUGGGUGCCCCAUGCGCCCUGUGUCCCGAGCGUCCCCUGCGCGCCCUGUGCCCCGUGUGCCGUACGCCCCGUGCCCUGAGUGUCCCGUGCGCCCCGGGCGCCCUGCCUCGGCGGGCGGUCGGCCGCGGGCCAACAUGCCUUGCACGUGCAGCAAUUGGAGGCGGUGGAUCCGGCCCCUGGUGGUGCUCCUCUACCUGCUCGUCCUGCUGGUGGCCGUGCCCCUCUGCGGGUGGGAGCUGCAGAAGUUAGAGGUUGGAGUGCACACCAAGGCAUGGUUUAUUGCUGGGAUCUUUUUGCUGAUGACAGUACCAAUAUCUCUCUGGGGGAUAUUACAACACUUAGUGCAUUAUACACAACCUGAGCUACAAAAACCAAUAAUAAGGAUACUGUGGAUGGUGCCGAUAUACAGUUUAGAUAGCUGGGUAGCUCUGAAAUAUCCCAGCAUUGCAAUAUAUGUGGAUACUUGCAGAGAGUGCUAUGAAGCAUAUGUCAUAUACAAUUUUAUGGUGUUCCUUUCUAAUUAUUUAACAAACCGAUAUCCAAAUCUGGUAUUAAUCAUCGAGGCCAAAGACCAGCAGAGACAUUUACCUCCGUUUUGCUGUUGUCCGUCAUGGGCUAUGGGAGAAGUAUUGUUGUUUAGGUGCAAACUAGGUGUUCUGCAGUACACGGUUGUCAGGCCAUUCACCACUAUCAUUGCUCUAAUCUGUGAGCUGGUUGGUGUAUACGACGAAGGAAACUUUAGCUUUAAAAAUGCUUGGACUUACUUGGUUAUAUUCAACAAUGUGUCACAGCUGUUUGCUAUGUAUUGCCUAGUGUUGUUCUAUAAAGUUCUGAGAGAAGAACUGAACCCUAUCCAACCCGUUGGCAAGUUUCUUUGUGUUAAGAUGGUCGUCUUUGUUUCCUUCUGGCAAGCGGUACUUAUCGCCUUACUGGUGAAAGUUGGCAUUAUUUCUGAAAAGCACACAUGGGAUUGGCAGACCGUGGAAGCAGUAGCUACAGGCCUACAGGAUUUUAUUAUCUGUAUUGAGAUGUUCUUGGCAGCAAUUGCUCAUCACUACAGUUUUUCCUACAAACCUUAUGUACAAGAAGCAGAGGAGGGAUCCUGCUUUGAUUCCUUCCUUGCCAUGUGGGACAUUUCAGAUAUUAGAGCAGAUAUAUCUGAGCAAGUAAGGAAUGUCGGGAGGACAGUAUUGGGCCGACCCAGGAAGAUGUUUUUUGCGGAGGACCAUGAGCAGAAUGAACACACGAGUUUAUUAUCAUCUUCCACUCAAGAUCUGCUAUCUGAAGCUUCUUCCAUGCCACCUUCACCCAUGGGGCACUAUCAAGGGUUUGGGCACACCGUGACUCCUCAGACUACGCCCACUGCUGCUGGGAUGCCCGCUGGGAUUUAUAGCAGCGCUGCAGAAGAAAAUGGGGAUUCUUUUGUCCCAGAACCCUUCUCUCCCGAGGAGCUUUCAGAUACACGGAAACCUGUGGUCUCCUGAAUGGGGGUGUACAUUCCCGCCAGGUUCUUAUCUUACCUUGGGACCAAACGAUCGAGGAUCUCUUGCCUGGGACAAAAAUCGUGAAAGGGAAAAUUUCGGCAGAUGGAUGGUAGGUAGAAGCUGGGACUACCCAGCUGACGUCAAAAGCGAAGCGGGAGCGUUCGGUGAAACUCGAACGAUUGGUCUCCGUUCUCCGUUUCCUGACAGUCGAUUGCUUAAUGCCAGAUCGUGUGCUUCUCCUCCAGCGGGAGAAAAUAACUGGAACUGUGUUACACUGAAAUCCAACUGUUUAUGUAGCGCAUAGACUUUGAAAUCCACCUGCUCUCUACUAGUGUUGCAUGGAAUAUAGCACUGCUGCAUUAACAGAGUGCAGUGGAAAAGCAAAUAAGGUAUCACAGCGUCUGUUCCUAUCUAAAAAUUAAUGGUUUCCCGUGGAUGAACCUUAAACUUACUAAUAUUCCACCGGAUGGAUGCCUUUCAAUAAACCAGAAAGAAUUGAGCCUGUC